AUGGUGCUGUGGCCAGGGCAGCUGGAGGUGGUGGGUGGACUUGCGGAAGGUGGUGACGUGGAAGGUGGUGACAUGGAAGGUGGUGACAUGGAAGGUGGUGACAUGGAAGGUGGUGACAUGGAAGGUGGUGACAUGGAAGGUGGUGACAUGGAAGUUAGUGCUGCUGCUGCUGCUGGUGCUCUUUCUGCUGCUGCUGGUACUGCUGCUACUGGUGCUGCUGCUGCUGCUGCUGCUGCUGCUGCUGCUGCUGCUGCUGCUGCUGCUGCUGCUGCUGCUGCUGCUGCUGCUGCUGCUGCUGCUGCUGCUGCUGCUGUUAGUGCUGCCGCUGGUGCUGGUGCUGCUGCCGCUGGUGCUGGUGCUGCUGCCACUGGUGCUGCUGGUGCUGCUGCUACUUGUGCUGCUCUUGGUGGUGCUGUUUGUGCUGUCACUGGUGCUGCUGGUAGUGCUGCCAUGCAAGGUGGUGGGUGUGUGGGGCCAGGGGGGCGGAAGAGGAGGCCACUGGACGUUCUAGAUGUCGGUGCACAUGAGGGCGGAUGUGCUGCUGCCGUGCCUGCAAAGCACCCAAGGCUUCACAAUGACGUGGAGAGCAACGGAGCAAGGGCUGCAUGCGCUGCUAAUGCCGCUGCACCUGCUCUUCAUACUGCUCUACUUGCUGCCUCCUCUCUUCCUCCUGCCGUACCUCCCCUGUCCAGGAGCAGGGAAGCAAGAGGCGGAUCCCUAACCUUGCCGAUAGUGAUCACCUCCUCUCCUUCGGAGGAGCCUUCUCUCAAGUCCUCCCAGUCGCCUCUCAAGUCCUCCCAGUCGCCUCUCAAGUCCUUCCAGUCGCCUAUUAAGGCUGCAGCUCGGGCAAACCUCAAGAGCUCCCAGUCGCCAGCUGGCUUUAGAGACUCCACGUCAGCAUCAGAGGAGCAUUUACCUUCCCAGCCCCUCUGUGCUCUGCCUUCCCCACACAAGCCUCUUCCAGAUAACCCAUCCUCAGAUAAGCCUCUAGCAAAUAAUCCUUCCCCACACAUUCCUUUCUCAGAUAAGCCUUCUUCAGAUUUGCCUCAUCCACUUGCGAUACUGACAGCUGCUCCACUAGCUGCUGACGUGGCUCCUCCUCCACGUGCUGAUGUUGCAGAUCCAGCUGCUCCUGCAGAUUUUGCAAUGAUUUCGUGCUGCCAGAGUGGAGGAGGAGGAGGAGGAGGAGGAGGAGGAGGAGGAGGAGGAGGAGGAGGAGGAGGAGGAGGAGGAGGAGGAGGAGGAGGAGGAAUGGACUUUUAUCGUGGGAAGCACACAGAGGAGUGUGGUGAGCAAGAGGAGAGGCAUGAGGGCGGGCCUGAAGGGAAGGAGGGGGAGUACGGAGGGUUGCCAUUUGGUGCAGAGCCUGAAUAUGUGAGUAAUAAUGAGGAGGAAAGAGAGGGGUGCGCGGAGAAGGGGAGGAGGGUGGAGGGAGAAGAGUUGUUGGGUAAGACUCAGAGACAGGAGGAGGGCAAUGGCUGUAUGGCAGAUGGCAGGGAGGAGGGAGAAGAGGAGUUGAGUGAGUAUGGGAGGGAGGAAGAGGAAGCAGGUGGGUGUAGCAAGCAUGGGGGUGUGUCGGCGGAGGAAGGGGAGGGUGUUGCAGAGAGAGAGAGGCGAGAGGAAAGUGAGGAGGAGAGCACUAGGAAGGGGAAGAUAGAGGAAGGGAAGGUCUGUAGCAAGAACGCGGCUGUCUCGAUUGAAGCAGGGGAGGCGGUGGGUGCAGGCGCGGAGGGCAGCAGGGAGUGUGCAGCACCCGGUACUGCUGGUGGCGUUUUGAGUGCUCUCAACAUGAGUCUUGAGACAUCUCAGAACAGGCAUGAAAGGACUGGUGGUCUUGCAAGCAGGGUACCGAACGAGACAGAGGAAUAUUCUAGAACUGAUAGUGGUGAUGCUCUUGCUGCCGCCACCACUACGGCUGCUGCCUCCUCUGCAGGGAAUUCUGGUGCUCCUGUUGUUGAUUUCGCUCCUGCUAAUCCUGCUGGUUGGUGA